UCGAGUCCCGCGUCGGUCCGCACCGUUCCGCUCCCCUCCCGCCCGCUCCGCCGGGCCCCGCUGGCCGCGGAGAUGGGCGACAUGGAGUCCUACAAGGUGAUGCUGAACGGGCCGGCACCCUGGGGCUUCAGGCUGCAGGGAGGGAAGGAUUUCAGCAUGCCGCUCUCCAUCUCCAGGCUGACUCUGGGUGGGAAGGCAGCCCAGGCCGGCGUGGGAGUGGGUGACUGGGUGCUGUACAUCGACGGGGAGAGCACCAGUGCCAUGACACACAUCGAGGCCCAGAACAGGAUCCGUGCCUGUGGGGACAGGCUCUGCCUCACCUUGAGCAGAGCCCAGAACCAGCUGGGGAAGCCACAGAAGGACUCACUCCCCUGCUCUGAACCCCUGAAAUAUAACUUCGCUCCCAGCACCGCCCUCAACAAAACAGCUCGGCCCUUCGGGGCAGCCCCCCCAGCUGCUGGAGCCCCCCAGCAGCCCCCACAGCCUCUGCAGCCCCCCAGCACCCCUGGGUGUGACCCUGGGAAGCUGAGGAUGUUGGAGGACGCUGAGGACUGGCAGCCCCGCACCGGCACCUCGCAGUCCCGCUCCUUCCGCAAGCUGGCCCAGCUGACGGGCACAGGUGGCAUGGAGGAUGGUGAGGAUGAAUUUAUUAAAAAGCCCAGGGAUUCCCAUGGGUCCAUCUGGGGCAUAGUGGAGCAGCGGGAGCCUCUGGAGCCCCCCAGCACCCCCGGGUGUGACCCUGGGAAGCUGCGGCUGAUGGAGGACGCGGAGGGCUGGCAGCCCCGCACCGGCACCUCGCAGUCCCGCUCCUUCCGCAGGCUGGCCCAGCUGACGGGCACAGAUGAGAUGGAGGAUGGUGAGGAUGAGAUUGUUAAAAAGCCCAGGGAUGCCCGUGGUUCCAGCUGGGGCACGGUGGAGCAGCGGCAGCCCCCACAGCCUCUGGAGCCCCCCAGCACCCCCGGGUGCAAUCCUGGGAAGCUGCGGCUGAUGGAGGACGCUGAGGACUGGCAGCCCCGCACCGGCACCUCGCAGUCCCGCUCCUUCCGCAAGCUGGCCCAGCUGACGGGCACAGAUGAGAGUGAGUCCCCACAGGGCCUGGCACUGCCCGGGGCUGCUGGACUCUCCCUGGGCUGCCAGGGUCUGGCAGAAUCUGGAGUGGCACUGGAGCGUUGGUUUUGGCCCUGUGUGGUCCCUGUGGGGUGGCUGAGUCAGGGGAGCUGGUGGGGCUGUGUGUGGUCGUGGUGGUGCCACCGGUCUGGGGUCUUGGUCUGCCCUGUGACUGGGCAGGGCUUUGUUUUGGGGCAGGGGUUGGUGGGAGGAGAGAUUUGUUUUCUUCUUUUCCCCCUUUCCCCUCUUAUUGUGCCGGGGCCUCUGUCUGUGAGGACUGACUAUUUCCUCCUUUCUCUCCUGCUGCGCUCAGUGGAGGAUCAUGAUGAUGUGUUUGUUAGGAAGCCCAGCCAGGUCUCCGUGCCGGACCCGUCCCCAGGAGCAACGAUGAAGACGGAGCCAGGACUGGCCCCCAGGACCCCCAGUGCCACCCCCAGCCCCACCAGCCGCCCGCCCUGGGCUGUGGACCCCUCGUUUGCCGAGCGCUACGCCCCGGACAAGACGAGCACGGUGGUGAGCAAGCACAGCCAGCCAGCCACGCCCACCCCCAUGCAGAACCGCAGCUCCAUCGUGCAGGCAGCCCAGCAGGCCCCCGAGGGGCCCGGCCGCACCCCCCUGUGCUACAAGUGCAACAAAGUCAUCAGGGGACGGUACCUCGUGGCGCUGGGACAUUAUUACCACCCCGAGGAGUUUGUCUGCUGCCAGUGCAGGAAGGUGCUGGAUGAGGGCGGCUUCUUUGAGGAGAAAGGCUCCAUCUUCUGCCCCAAGUGCUACGACACGCGCUACGCGCCCACCUGCGCCAAGUGCAAGAAGAAGAUCACUGGGGAGGUGAUGCACGCACUGAAGAUGACCUGGCACGUGCAGUGCUUCACCUGCAACGCCUGCAAAACUCCCAUCCGCAACCGAGCCUUCUACAUGGAGGAGGGACAGCCCUACUGCGAGAGAGACUAUGAGAAGAUGUUUGGCACCAAGUGCCGCGGCUGUGACUUCAAGAUCGAUGCUGGGGACCGGUUCCUGGAGGCGCUGGGCUUCAGCUGGCACGACACUUGCUUUGUCUGUGCGAUCUGCCAGACCAACCUGGAAGGGAAGACGUUCUACUCCAAGAAGGACAAGCCUCUGUGCAAGAGCCAUGCUUUCUCCCACGUGUGAGGGGUGGAAAUCCAGCUGUGCCCACACAUGCCCCUGGCCCUGCAUGCUCCUCUCCCCCUGCCCUGCUGGCCCUAGGGAGCCAGGCUGGGCCCUUGGCCAUUUCCCUUGCUCCUGCCCCUUUCCUAGCAGCUCCUGGCUCAACUCCAGCCAGAUAGAGUGCUGGGUCCAGCCUUUGAUAGCUGGGUGACUUCUUGUAUGCUUUUCAGCUGGCCCUAGGAGCCCUGGGAAUGGGAUGCUGCAUGGAUCUCCUGCCCCUGAGCCACGCAGCAUGGUGGGCACAACCAUGCUGAGGCUGGAAUUGGAGAGGGUCUGCCACAGCUGGGCUGCUCCCUUGCUGCCUGGCAGCUCAUUGCUGGGGCAGGGACACUCCUUACACAUCCCUCCCCGAGUGGGUGAGGACCAGCUCCUGUCUCACUCUCCCCAGCCUUCCCUGCUGUGUGCUUGGGGCUGGAGACCCAGCCCUGCUCCUCUGCUGGGGCCCUGCCCAUGCCCACCCACCAGGCACCCCUCACACUGCUGCGGUGGUUUCCUGCCCCAGCUGCAUUCCAGGGGUGUCUGUCCCUCAUGCCCCCCACCCUGGUGGCAUCCCCUGGGGCUGGCAUCACCCCCAGCCGUGGGCUGGCAGCGUGUGCUGAUGCCAGCCCAGCCAGGCGGCUGCUCCUGCAAGGCUUGGGCACAGCUUCCUACCAAAGAGCUCUCUGCCACUGCCAUCCUGGGGCCACCGAUGCCUCCCCCCACACCACACCCUCCGGUCGGGCUGCCCUGAUGUAGCCACGGUGCUUUUAGUGCCUUUAAUAAAC